GUCCCUCCCACAAGUAAAAAUGGGGCGUGUAUCUGCCGGCCGUUGCCAGGCGCUGUAGUUGCCGCCGGAGACCUCAAAAUAUGGCGGGGUGGAGGCGGGUUCUGAACUGUCAGCAGCCCGGAGCCAUCCCUGCAUUGUUCUGCCACUGUUAACCAGCAGAAAGUGUGGAGUUGUUGGGCAGGGCGUCUGGGAGACACAAUGUUUCUGUGAAUGGCUUUUCAUCUGUGUGGAAUAAGAAGAAUAUCUUUUUCUCCUGUACAAGCACAUCAUAACUUUCCAUCUUCCAAAGAAACCCAGAUUUUCAACCAUGGAGCCAUAUGAAGAAUUUUAUAAGAAGCAGUUUGCCAGAAUCCAAGGAGAGGACAUGCUCAGUGAUGCCAUGUCAGACACUCAGCAGAGGGUGUCUGUGAUUAAGUUCCAUGGUGUUGCAGUGCUUUCUCCAUUGCUCACUGCUGAAAAGAUGCAAGAGAUGCAGCAAUAUCGACACAGGGCUAUAGAACUUAAUGAGAAGAAACAAAACUGUAAGAAAACAUCCUUACUGACCCGUGUCCAGGAAAUACUGGAAUCUGUUCAGGUGAAAAAGGGACCCAGUAUAAAUGCUCAUACAGAGAGCGAAGCAGUUGAUCAGAUGCCGAGCAAUAAAAACUUGAAUGGAUUUACGAUCCUUCCAAAUGUUAUAAGCUUGCCAGUGUUAUCUGCUCAACAUGAGUCUAUGAAAUUUGAAAAGUCUUUGGAGAAUGUACUACAGAAUUGCACUUCCGAAUCAAACAAAGUAGAAGCAAUACCAGUCAAAAAGAACAGUUUGCCUAUCAAACGAUCAAUAAGCCCAGCUGUAGACCAAUCAAAGGACUUAUCUUCUGAAAUGUCUUCGACCCCACCACAGUCUGAAUGGGAUACAGCUUCCUCUUCUAGGGAAGCUCCAGAUCCAUACAAAAUGAGCCUUCAGAACCUCCUCAAGAAGUCCAGAGAGUACAUUGAAAAAGAGCAAAGUAGACGUCAUUUGAAGAACCCCUCAAAGGGUAGUGUCAGUGAAAGCAAUUCUGACAAAGAAAACGACACUAUAAAAAUAAGCAACUCUUUGAAAGAGAAGGCCAAGGUUUUGAACAGGAGCAGAAGCUGCAGCCCUUUGAUGAUUGACAAGCCAAUGCUAAAUAAAUCAAACACACUUUUGCAAGCUGCCUCUAGCCAGUGUCAAAGCUUGCAUUUCAAAUCUCUCUCAACCCUCUCGAAUGUAGAUCUUCCUUUGAUAUCUGGUUCAUCUUCUGUUGUAGAAAGUGAAUCGGACGAGGAACUAAAAGGUUCAUCAUUUGCUGACUGUGAAAGUAACAUUCUAAAAAGUCUAACUGGAUCUUAUGCCAAAUUGCCUAGUCCAGAGCCAAGUUUAAGUCCAAAAAUGCACAGGAGACGUCCAAGGCCUUUAUCAGCCGGGAAUAUAGUUAUUACUAAUCCAGUCAAUGCGUACGAUUUAAGCCCCAAAGAAAAUGGUAAAGCAAUGGAAUUUCCUCUGCCCAAGACAGCAGAAAAAACAUCCUUGUCUGAUCCUGUGCCAAAGCAUGGUGACUAUAAUGCAGCUCUUUUAUCCAUUAAAAGGCAUUCUUUAAACACUCAAAAUGCUGGUUUUGUUCCAAAUAUUGCAGGAUUCCCUGUAUGCGUUGCAACAAAAUUCGACAGUAUGUCAGGCAGUGCAAAUGCUGGAACUGAUAUUCAACAUACAGUCUCGACAAGAGGAACGCAGCAAAUGAAACUGUGCUCAACAUUUGAAAAAGUGCCUUGUGUGUUGCAUCAUGAUAUAGACCUUCCAGAUACAAUGAUCCAACAUGGGAUUAAAACUAAUUGCUUGACAUGUUCACCAGACAUGAUAAAGCACUCUUCACCAGUAGAACUCAAUAAAUCUUAUGAUGUGGAAACACCAUCACCAAUAUUGAUACAAAGCCAAGGUUCAGGUCAAGCCACAGAGACUCCACUUGGACCCUGUCUUAGAGAACCAUUUUUGGAAAACCAGCCCGACAUUCAGAUUAAGCGUAGACUUGAACUAGACUUAGACACCACACCACCUGCCUCUGGCGAACAAAAGAGGUGGCUUCAUAAGCAGAGGAACCGGAGUGGGUCUCUGCAGAUGACUUCUACUGAUCUGAGCAAAGGUAGUCUAGGAGAUCAUUUUAAAAAGAAGAUGCUUGAUUUUGAAGAAAUGAGAAAGAAACUAGAAGAGCAGCAUGCAUACCAGCUGUCAUUGCUCAUCGCUGAACAGGAAAGAGAACAAGAGAAACUAAAAAGGGAGUUUGAAGAAGAAGAGAAGCAACUGAAGCUAAAGGACACUGAAAGUUCCACUCAUACAUUAGACCAUGGCAGUAGGAUUACUGACAGAAAUAAUAUUACUGAAAGCAGUGUACAAGAAAGAGUGUCAUUUCCAGUGGAUAAUUAUCAUUCAUGUUCCACCUAUAGCACAGUUUCUGCUACUUCCCAACAUAGCUAUGGUUCUGCAAACGAAUCUUCAUUGGGUUUGUGGGGACCUGUAAAAAGCAGAGCUCCAAGCACAUCGAUCUCAAGUUCUCAUGGGAGACUAAAAACCAGAUGGUCUCAGGUUUACAGUCCUGCAAUGCAGAGGAAAUUUAACAAAGCUACAGCACUUGCAAAAGGCUUCCUUACACGUAGACUUAUGCAGACAGAGAAGCUAAAGAACCUGAAAAAAACUGUGAAGGACACUGCAGAGUUUAUGAGAACAUUUCAAUCUGAAUUUCCACUAAGCCGAGGGAUGGUAUCUUCCCAAGAUGCUUCACUGCAGGAAAGAGUUCUAGCCCAACUAAGAUCUGCCUUGUUUGAAAUACAUGACAUCUUUUUUGCAAUGGAACCUGCCGAAAGAAUGAAUAUUCUUGCUCAUGACAGAGAGCUGCGACGUGAGAAGAUGAUCAGAAACAUGGAAAAAAUUAAAAGCCCUAGAGAGCGAGUGACCCUUUCAUCUGCAACUCAGAAAUCCUUGGACAGGAAAAAGAUUACAAGGGUGGUCCAUAUUGGCAUGCCUAAAAAAAAACUCCAACCCAAACCAAGGGCCUCAGAGAACAGAAUUCUUCAGCCAAAUCAAGGACAAAAUGCACCCAUGCAUCGGCUUCUUAGUAGGGAAGGGAGUAUUUGCAAGAAGAACCCAAAGAAGGAAGCCAAAUGUUGCGACAAUCUAAGAAGACAGCAUUCUUUGGGAUAGAAAUUCAUGGCAUCAUCUACCCCUGAAAACAAUAAAUUAGCUAGCUGUUUUUUGUUUGCACAUCCCACAAUAGCCAUUUAUUACUGCAUUAACAGUUCCUCAGACAGUUUUCCUUUGUCAGUCAAAAUGGAAAUGCCAUUAUAUUAAACCUGAGCACGGACCCUGGAAUCUAGCAACAUUUCAGGUUGUCACUAGCACUUUUUUAAAGCAACAGUUGCCUUAAAGCUGUCUCACAUCGCCAACUUGUGGUCAGAUACGACAAUGUAACAAAAAAAAAAAGGCUGAUUUAUUAAAGACUGAAUAGUGGGAUCCUGCAGGAUGCCUGGUGGAUCCCUUGCCAUUCAGUCUUUGAUUUCAUUUUGAUCAAAUUGAUCACAUUAGCCUAUAGAUUCAAUUAAUUUAAAAAGAAUCACUUUUAUUGAGACAUAACAGAAUCAAUAUUUACGUUUUCUGGGCCUUUUUGUUGGGCAAUACCUCAGAACCCCAAACAACUGAGGUUAAAAAAAUCCAAUAGUAAGCUAUGGGUAAUUUUACUUUUGUUUAUGGAUACAUCGAAUCCAUUAUUUUUUCAUUUGGCAAAAUACCGAAUCUUUUGCACAAUGAGACUGAAUCCAAGCCUUAUUCAAAUUUGAGAAAAAAUUUCAUCUGUUGGGAAUAGAACAGUGUCACAUUUAGCGCAGUGUGAAUUCCUGGCAGUUUGGAGGCUGUCACAUCACGAGGCAUGCUACACUCUGCAUGGGGAUUACUAUGCUUUCCAUUCUUCUUUGCUUUGCAUGUUGAAAAGCGGCUCUACACAUUGUGAUGUAUGUCCUGCAGGACAUUACUUUCUUGACUUAGCUCCCUUUAAUUGUGUUUUACAGUGUAGAUGUGCAGAUAAUCUUUGAAAGUAUAUUAUUUUUAUUUUUGUCUUGAAUGCACUUGGGAAAAUUUGUAAGCAGGCUGCAGGACAGAAAGCUGUGUGUGAUAACAAGUAGGUUUGCGAGUAACAAGCACAGAUCCACCCUUUAGUGAUCCUGCCAAACACACACAUCUAAACACUACAGAUAAAAUUGUAGGAAAUCUAAUUUUAUAUGAUUUUUGAACCUGUGGGCCCUGAAUUAUUGUCCUGAUAAUUUUCGUACCAUGGCGAUUAGUCAUUUAGUUGAUUGGCCAGGUUUGAAAAUUUCCGUCAGCGAACGAUAAAAUCUGGGCAUGUAUUGUGUAUCGGACAAUAUCCUUGGGGGACCUACAAUGGAAGUAGGAUUGUUCAGAACAUCCUCUGAUUUGUAUUUUAAGGGCUUUAUCCAACAGUUUCAAUCUGAACGUUAGUUUUAGAUUUUUGCAUUUAAACGUUUGACCGAUAUUCGAACAUUCAUCGGAAGAAGACUAAAAUCUGAAUGGAUGUGUAUGGCCUUAAAGCCUACAGUGUGAUUGGGCCCUUAGACCAAUUCUAUAUACGCUGUUUAUUUUUUGUGGCAACCGCUUGCUUCAUGUACAGAACUGACUAACCUGUAAGACCAUAUAGCCUACCUCAGAUACCCAGCAUGUAGCGUCCUACCUGGUAGUUCUAUAAGAUGGAAGAUUAAUAUCCAGGCUUUGCAAAAAAUUGUUCAUCCUAUAAAAUAUAUUACUAAUAUAAUAAGUGUAUGCUUGUUGAUAUUACAUGAUGUCGGCAUAUUUCCAUAUUUACCACAGGAUACAGUUGAUACAGAAAUAAGACUGUUAAAUAAAGUGCCCAUUUUGGAGGCUCGGUGAACAGUAUCUCAGUGACUGAUAGAAAAUGGGUGCAUUUUGCCCCUUUUCCUGGAUGGAGAUAAAGUUCAAGGUAGUUUGGUAGAUGCCAAAUUAUUGUUUUGUGGCUAUGUUUUCUUUUAUAAAUGUGCCUACUUUGUGUUACUUGUUCUGUUGCCAUUGAAGGUACCUGCAGUUACACUAUGAGCAUUUGUUCAACCUCAGACUGAUCCGUGGAUCCUUUCAUGGUAUCUUUCAGGCCCCUGCUGUUGACUGAGCUAAUAGAUAUUUAGUUGUAUGCAUGGUUUUCAGAUUUUUAUAAUAAGCUUUUUUUUCAGCAUUUUUAUUAUGUUCACAGAAGUCUUUCUAAGCAUUGGUUCCUACAAACAACACAUGGCCUUCUCUCUUGGCAAGUGCCAGGAUGUUUUUAUGUACAUUGUGCUUAUUUAUAUAUAUUUAUGUUUCAUGGAAAUGGAUUUCUUUAUGAAGUGUAUUUAUUUUUGUAUGUUUUGUACUGUAUGUGCUCCUGGUUUUUGCUUUUUUUUCUUUAUAUUAAUAAAAUGUUUUGUCUGCA